AUGGAAUGGUCUGUCGAUGAGGAGCGGCGGAUUCUGAAGAAAAUUGACUCAACUGUCUUACCCAUCCUUUGCUUCGUCUUUUUUUUUCAGUAUCUCGACAAACAGAGUCUCAGCUAUACUGCCGUCUUUGGAUUGAGGACCGACUUGAAUCUCACAAGUUCUCAAUACUCUUGGUGUACCUCUCUGUUUUACUUCGGACAACUUGUGUCCGAGUACCUUGCUGUCUACCUCAUGAGUCGACUGCCACUCAUCCGAGUUGUUGGCAUAUCCAUCAUCGUAUGGGGAGGCGUCUGUAUGUGCCUUGCUGCUCCUCAUAACUUUUCCGGGUUUGGAGCGGUCCGAUUCUUGCUGGGAUUUACCGAGGCAGCCAUUCAGCCAGCAGCCGUCACAAUCACCAGCAUUUGGUAUAGGAAAGAGGAACAUCCUCGCCGUGUAGGUAUUUGGGUCUCAAUGAAUGCACUUGCACAAACCAUUGGAGCAAUCAUGAUGUACGGCAUUGGAAAGAACUCCGGAUUGUCCGUGGCCCCAUGGCGCUGCAUGUUCCUCGUCUGUGGUGGUUGCACAAUCGCGGCCGGCAUGCUGUUCCUCCUUGUCUUGCCGUCCGGGCCCGACAAUGCAUGGUUCCUGACGAUGCGCGAAAGAGCCAUCAUCAAGCAGAGAAUGAUGGUACAUCGUGAGGGAGGUGACCAGGUGACAUUCUCCAUCCCGCAGUUGAAGGAAGCUAUGCUAGAUCCGAAAACUUGGCUAGUUGGCUCAUUUGGCUUCUUGGUAACCAUGUCUGGACCCGUGAUAAUUUUUGCGUCGCUGGUGAUCAGCGAUAUCGGAUAUGACAAAUAUGAGACUAUGCUGUACAGCUCCCCAUCAGGAGCAGUCCAAUUUUUUUUCAUCUGGCUCGGCAUUGCCGGCUGUGCCCUUAUGCCAAACCAUCGAGCCGUUGUUAUAAUCGCUCUCACCAUCGUUCCGUUAGUUGGCAGCAUCCUCUUGCUGGUGCUGGAUAUGAGUGCCGGCUGGGGUAUAAUUAUAGCCUCAUGGCUGGCAUCUAGUAUAUCUUGCAUCAUGAGCAUUGUGCUCAGCCUUUCGGCUUCCAAUGUCAAAGGGAAUACCAAGCGCUCGGUCGUGAAUACCGUCUUCUUUAUCGGCUAUUGCGUGGGCGCUAUUGUUGGCCCCCAGCUUUGGACGGAGCCCCCACGCUAUACUAAGGGGCUCAUCACCUCCAUUGUUCUUUGGGCUGUUUUUAUGGUCUUUAUUGCGGUGUACUGGGCUGUCUGCUACUUUGACAACGUGUCCCGGGAUUUGAAAGCUCAAGGGGAUCCCCAAGCGCAUGAGCAUGGAGUCGAAGACAUAACGGACAGGGAGGACCUGCUGUUUAGAUACAUGUACUAA